AUGAGAAAGGCCCAAUGUCUGCGCCAUCACCUGACCCCGCACAUUUCGAGGCAUUCAAAGGCGGCUGAGCAAUUGCACGGCAUGCUUGGCGAGGUUUUGGACCAAGCAUCGGACACAGCCCAUACCGUGAAGCGGCUGACUAAUCUCUUGAGCACGCUUGAGAUAUUGCUCAAGCGGUUAUCUGAACACAAGUUCCGGCCAAAUGAGGGAUCCUCGCUGGAGGCAAUCGAGCGGCGCGUCGACGACUGCGAGGAGCUCAUUCUCGAGCUUCAACAUGAAAUGGUGAAAUGCACCCAGGCACCUUCUCCCGGAAUCGUUUCCGGGAUCGUUUCCGGAUUCAAGUGCGGGAGUAACCGAGCGCUCAGCGACAGGGCCGAGUCGAACGGGCGCCCCAAACCGCCGGGAUCCAAUCUGCAGAAGCUCGAUGAGAACAUCGACGAGCUCAGUUCCCGUCUUUCGCUUGCCCUUCAGGUCCUGCAGCAACAAGACUUUGGAAGCGCUCAGGAUGAGCUACAAGAUACCAAGGCGCUGCUCGAGCUCAUGAGGGCCGACCAGGUCUCGCCCGAGAUUAGGAUCUGGCUGCAGGCGCCAGAUGCCUCGAUUAACUACAAUGAGUCCUGCAAGAAGAAACACCCUGGCACCGGACUCUGGUUCAUCAGAGGACCCUAUUUCAACACAUGGCUACGAACGGCCAGGUCGUUCUCGUGGAUUCAUGGGUUCGCCGGCUGCGGCAAGUCGGACUCAUCGACAAUGCUCCGUGUCUUGAUCCUGCAGUUUGUGUCCCAACUCAAGCAUCAGGAGACUACCUUCUCGCGACUUCACCCGGAUUACCGAGGUGCUACCCCUCCGGACCAUGCGCUCAUGGAUUACCUCCGCCAGCUGGUCGCCAAGUUUAACGAUGUCUACAUGGUGUUGGAUGCCUUGGACGAGAGCCCUCGGCAUAAGCAUCGGGAAGACCUGCUACAGACCCUGGAGAAAAUGCGGCGCUGGCGAGAGCCCGGGCUGCAUCUUCUGGUCAGCCGGGACAAGCAGGACAUUUGA